AUGUUAAAUGUACGUCGUUGUCUUUAUUCAUUACGUUCAUUAGAACCAUUUUAUCGAUCUCAAUCAACAAAUGCUUACUCAUCAAAAUGGGUUUCAUCAUCAUUACAACAAGAUCUUGAUAAAUUUAUCUCAUCAAAUCCACUACCAGUUUCAAUCUGUUUAAUCGGUGAUCCACAUUUACGUCGAAGUAAUGAAUUAGUUCUUAAUUUACGAGAUGGUUUUGUUCAAGCUACAAAAUUUCGACUUCAUCGUGCUUUAGCUGAAUUCCGUCGUAAGAAUGGUUUUGGUCGUGGUAUAAGUGCGUGUCAAAUAGGUGUUAAUUUACGCAUGAUUGCAUUGAACCUUGGUUAUGGUCCAUUAACAUUAAUUAAUCCAAACAUAGUCUGGUCUUCAUCAGAUAUGAUAACAAUGUGGGAUGAUUGCAUGAGUAUUCCACGUCUACUUGUUAAAAAACAACGUUCAAAAUCAAUAUCAAUUGUAUAUACCGAUGAUAAUGGUCAUAAACAAGAAUGGAAUGAACUUGAUGUAUCAAUUAGUGAAUUAUUACAACAUGAAAUGGAUCAUCUUGAUGGUAUACUUAAUAUUGAUAAACCAUUUAAAGAUAAUAAUAAUGAGAAUGAAAAUAUUAUUAAUAUGGAUGAGUAUGAAAGAAAAAAGAAUUAUUUCAAUCAACAAGUUGAUUAUACAAUUGUACCAACCGUUUGA